AUGUCCGUUACCAAGAACAAUAGAGGACGAUCUUUCAACAUCGUCCUGUGUUUGAUGGUCAUGAUGACGAUGGUGACUUCCUUUACUAUGUCGCCAUCGACAUCGCAAUCAACCUCGACUUGCCUUGAAAUGAUUCGAACGAAAGGUUUGGAACGAACUGUGGACAGCGCUACUCCUGAAGAGGGCGGGAUGACACUAUUGGUGAAGGCUGGUCCUUCUACCGAUGGAACGAGCUUACCAGUAGGAGAUUGUCCCUUUGCCCAUUCAAUUCGUUUAGUACUAGAAGAGAAAGGUUUGAAAUAUCAGGUUCAGCCCUGCUCUCCCGACACCAAGCCAGAAUGGUUGGUCGACUACUAUGAGGGAAAGUUGCCAGCACUGCGACAUCGAAAGGAGUGUUAUGUGGAGUCGAGCGUGAUUAUGGAAUACUUGGAGUUUUUCUUUUCAUCCGAUUCCUAUCCUUCUCUUAAACCGCCUAAAAAGUGCAAUGGGGAAGAUGUCUUGGAUGGGUUCUUCCCAGCAGUGGCGCAAUAUUUGAAGGACACUAGUGGUGAUGGAGCCGGCGAGGAGGAUGAGAAAUUGCAGAAUUUGCGUGACAAGUUACAAGGAAUUGAAGAUCACCUUGCAGGUAUCGAUGGUUCCUUCUUGUGUGGAGACGAUUUCAGUCUAUUGGAUUGUCGGUUGGUACCGCAAUUGUACCACCUGUAUGUUGCUUCCCAGGAAUUCAAGGGUGAUAUUCCCAACUGGAAGGAAGAUUAUCCGAGUCUACAGACGUAUUAUGAAAGUUGCACCUCUCGCCCCAGCUUUCAAGCAACUCUGUAUCCGGAAGAGACGAUCAUCUGGGGAUGGUCGCAGGCGCGAUCAUAG